AUGGACACGUACGGUCGUGACAGCAGCAACGACGGCGAGAACGGCGACGAGGGGAUCCCGGUCUCUGAAUCGGACCGAAUCGGACCGAUUGGAGAGCGCGAACCGGGGGAGGAGCGAUCGUCGCAGAAACCGAACGAGCGUCCCCGUGUGCUUCAGGGAUCACCCGCCAGUCGCUACUGGGACAACACAAAAGAAACGCACCGGUUCAAGCCGUGGCUCCGUUCGACGGGACGUGCGCGUGUUCCGUUUGCAGAGUCGAGAAAACCCGGCGCGCUUCAAACGCCACCCCAGAAACAGCGAGAGACGUCUUCCGACACUAUGCGUGGAUUUUCGAUCCGCCGCAACCGCGCGGCCGCCGUCGCAAUCGAUGGAGGGUCAGUUUCUCCUAGGAACUUUUCACUGGCUCAUCAAUGUACCUGCCCUAAAGGCUCAGAACUUCUUAAAGAUUAUAUACCCGAGGAUCAAUACGAAGAGUUUGUUAAACGGCGAGCUAAGGAGCUCCAACAGUACAAAACCAGGAUGGCGUCUGAACUAUCCAGAUUGCUGUUUGCUUCGCCUAACUCUCCUCUGCAGUAUCCUAUUCAAGGUUAUAUCGUACAGCCUUUGACCUCUACUCUCAUACCAGGUUUAGGGCUGCAUGCAGAAAACAGAAGCAGCUACAAGGUAUCUUUAAGUGUGUCUAAAGGCAUCCUGACCACAAAUAUUACACCUGAACAGACGAUCAUCAAAGGAUCUGGUAAGAACAAACUAUUUAUCGAGUCUCGCAGCCUGGUGACCCUCAACAACUUGCUAGCCAAAGUGUCCUAUACCAGCACUGACUACCACAUAAACACUGGAGACCUCGCCACUUUCCAGUUUGAAAUGCAUGAAGCUGUGUUUCCAAUUGCCAUCAAACAGCCUCAUGUACCAGUCCUGUAUGACAUGGGAACAGAUAUCAGCUCUCAAGUCACCAUCACAACAAAAACUUUCCAGCGCUAUAGACACUUAAGGGUGUUGCUCGACAGCAUCCGGCAAUUCUAUAGCAACAUAAAAAUUAUUAUUGCUGAUGACAGCUUAGAAACGGAGCACAUUACUGGAGAAAACAUUCAACAUUACAUUAUGCCUCCAGCACAGGGCUGGUUUGCAGGCAGAAAUCUGGCUGUUUCCCAGGUAACCACCAAGUACUUCCUGUGGGUGGAUGAUGACUUUAUGUUUACAGAGAAGACGAAGAUAGAGAACCUUGUAGAGGUGAUGGAAGCAAUGCCAGAACUUGACGUGGUUGGUGGGUCGGUGAAAGGGAAUCAGUUUUACUUUGCUCUCAUCUAUGAGGAAGGAGAAGAAAUUGAAGGUGGCUGCCUAUACAGGAAAUCUGGAGGGAAAUUUCAAACACUUCCUGGUUACCCACAAUGUUCUAUGACCAAUGGAGUUGUCAACUUCUUCCUGGCACGCACAGAUGCCGUGCAGAGGGUGGGCUUUGAUCCUAAGCUCCAGCGGACAGCACAUUCAGAGUUCUUUAUGGAUGGUCUGGGCACUUUGCUAGUUGCCACAUGUAGUGAUGUGUCCAUUGACCAUCAACUCACAACAUCAGAAAACAAGAGUCCUUUGUACAACAAAUUUAGAUACCCUGGACAAGGUGAUGUUGAGUUCAAACUGAAGCUUCACUUUUACAAAAAUCAUCUAAAAUGCAUUAAAUAUGGAUAG